CAUAUUUUUUGUUCAUUUUCAAGCUUGAUAGAUAAAACGAAAGAGGGGCUCAAAACCACGUAUACACCCACACAUCCACCCACGUGUACGCAUUCACAAACACCCCCACACCCGCAUCCAUGCAGCCUCACGUCUAUGCGUACACCCACACAAGUGUACCAGCGUGCAUGCACUCACGCACAUUCACUCGCACCCACGUAUAUGCAGGGAUAA